AUGGAGUACGACAAUCAGACGCUUCAAACGGGCCGUAGUACCCCUUCACAUUACUGUCCCUGGCAAGCCGAAAAACCUCAAUCAAUCUCCCGGGAACAAUGGCCCACCGAAGAAGGUCUCCAAUGGGGUUCAGAUCCCAGAUUCUGCUAUCACGGCUACUCUAGUCCCAUCGGCACCUGGACAGAGGAGCGGGUGGUGCAGAAUCUAAUGCGGAACAUGGCCAGUUUCUGUACCAGCAUGAACAUGGGACUCGAUGUCCCCCAAAUCACAGACGAGCCGCCUCAGAAGCCUAUACUGGAUGCAUCACAACUGAAUGGAUUCACACUUCCCAUGUUCCAGCCCUCAAUGGUCCCACAAAAUGAAAGACUCUCCGAAACGCCAUCCUCGCCAUCUUCAUCUUCAUCCUCAUCGAGCCGAGGCCAAAUGCUCUCUCCAGAUGAUAACAAAUGCUCACAACGGCCAAGCUGCAUCAAAUACAGGACUCAGCCUGGGCACAAAAAGAGAAAAUGUGUACAAUGGCCAGGACAAAAAUUGUGCCACUGCCGAUCGGAAAAGAAGAGAAGAGAGUUUGUUGGAAACAAAUAUAAAGAACUCUCCCGCAUUGUGCCAGAGCUUAAGGAACAGUCAUACACAAGGAAAUAUAUUCUCGAGGAGACUGCACUGUGGAUUCAAAGUUUGGUCCAGGGCAACGAUGCCCUACAUGAACAACUGAGGCGGUUAAGGGAAUAG